GUUAGUCUGCUGAAUGCUGAGCUUGCUUUAUCACUGCAGAGUUUGAAAGCUAUGGAAGCUGUUUAUGGAGCACCGGUGGUGUUUUAAAGUGGAUGAAAAACGUAUUGCAUCGAUUUCUUAAUUUUCUGCUAGCCUGAGAUGGACGUCAAUCCCCCAUCCCUGGUCCCACAGCCCCUGCCUGCACCGCCUCCUCCCGCGCCACCUCAGCCUCAGCCGGGCAGGUCUCCGCCUCAGCCGAGCAGGGCCCAGUUGAAUGUGGGUAGUGCCUUCGCGGCUGCUGCUGCCGCUGCCAUGCGGGAUGAGAAAAUGAAAAGUGGAACGUCUGCUGCCGGCGACUUCCUCUCACGAUCCUCCGAAGGCAUCUCUUCGGUGAGCGGGGCCCUGCCAGGAGAAGCUGAAAAAGCAGAGGAAGAAAUAAACUUCAAAGAACAGGAAGAGAAGGCUAAGGCUGGAGACUCAAAGGCCCAGGCUGCGGUUGGCAAGUGUUACUUGAAGUUAGCUGAGCAGCAGGAUGAGGAGUUGAACAACUGCAAUGCUGUGAGCUGGCUGCUUCUCGCAGCAAAGCAAGGCCGGCGAGAGGCUGUUAAACUGUUAAAAAGAUGCUUUGUGGAAAGAAAAGGCAUCACCACCGAGAAUGAAGAGGAAGUAAAGAAGCUGUGUUCAGAGUCUGAGUUUGAACGCACUGUGAGGAAAGCAGCGCUGGUCAUGUACUGGAGAUUGAACCCCCAGAGGAAAAAGAAGGUAGCCGUGUCUGAAAUGCUGGAAAACGUUGAGCAAGUCAGUGUUGAUGACGGUGUCGAUGGAGCCUCUAAACCAGGGCCUCUACCUGCAUCUCUGCAGAAGCAGAGAAGAGUCCUGGAGCGGCUGGUUAGUAGUGAACCUAGCAAGUAUGUUGCUGUAGAUGAUUUUGUUGAAAUUACAAAAAAAUAUGCGAAGGGCAUUAUCCCGUCGAACCUAUUCACAAGCAGCGAUGACGAAGACGACGAACUUGCGGGGAAGAAUCCAGAAGACCUGCCCCUAAGGCAGAAGAUUGUAAAAUAUCCACUUCAUGCCAUAAUGGAGGCGAAAGAGCAUCUUAUUGACAUAGCCUCCAAAGCUGGCAUGCACUGGCUGAGUACCAUCAUACCCACCCAUCACAUCAACGCGUUGAUUUUCUUUUUUAUCAUCAGCAAUUUAACCAUCGACUUUUUCGCCUUUGUUAUCCCUCUGGUCAUCUUCUACCUGUCCUUCAUUUCCAUGCUAAUCUGCACUCUGAAGGUCUUCCAGAACAGCAAGGCCUGGGAUAACUUCAGAACGCUGACUGAUUUACUGAUCCGUUUCGAACCCAACCUCGACGUUGAGCAGGCUGAGACCAACUUUGGCUGGAACCAUUUGGAACCGUACUUCCAUUUCAUGCUUUCGGUCUUCUUUGUGAUAUUUUCUUUCCCCAUUUCCAGCAAAGAAUGGAUCCCAUGCUCUGAGCUUGCCACCAUCGCCAUCUUUUUCACACUCGCAAGUUAUAUGAGUCUUAGCUCUUUCGUGGAAACCUACACGAGAAGAGCUCUGCUGAUCGAAGUGGCCUCCUCUGUAUGUGCCAUGAUGAGUGAUCUUCCAGAAAGCUGGGCUUUCCUCCGGUUCUUUGGAAAAACCUUUGUGUCAGUUCCUUUGGGCAAUUUCAUUAUUCUAAACCUGAGCAUCCCGUGCAUGCUUUACAUGUACCUUUUCUAUCUGUUCUUCAGAAUGGCCCAGUUAAGGCAAUUUAAAGGCACUUAUUGUUUCCUGGUUCCCUAUAUGGUGUGCUUCAUGUGGUGUGAGUUUUCUGUGGUGCUGCUGCAGAAUUCCACCGGCAUUGGCCUCAUCCGCACCUCCGUUGGGUAUUUCCUCUUCCUGUUUGCUUUGCCAAUCCUAACGCUGGGGAUUGCCACCAUGUUCGUUAUCCAGUUUAUUAAAUGGUUUAUCUCUCUGGAGUUUAUCAAGAUCGUUGUGACCUUGGUUCUGUGUGCCAUUCCCAUUUUCCUCCGUAUGUGGACGAAGACCAGCAUUUCCGUGGUAGACAUGGUCAAAUCCCUGACCAGAAGCUCUAUCGUUAAACUUAUUUUGGUGUGGAUCUCUGCUAUCAUGCUGUUCUGUUGGAUCUACGUGUACAGGUCUGAAGGGAUGAAGGUAUACAACUCAACCUUGACCUGGCAACAAUACGGUUUCCUGUGCGGGCCACGUGCUUGGAAGGACGCCAACAUGGCACGCACUCAGAUCCUGUGCAGCCAUCUGGAGGGUCACAGAGUUACCUGGACUGGGAGGUUUAAGUAUGUGCGAGUUACAGAGAUCGAGAACAGUGCAGAGUCUGCCAUCAACCUGCUGCCCCUGAUCAUUGGAGAUUGGAUGAGAUGCUUGUACGGUGAAAGCUAUCCAACUUGUGACCCCCAGAAUGUCACACUAGAGGAGGAUGAGCUCUGUCGACUCAAGUUCCUUACAAAACACGAGUGCCACCUCAAAAGAUUUGAUCGCUACAAAUUUGAAAUAACUGUGGGCAUGCCCUAUAAAAAUAAGACUAUGGAGGAGGAUGACGCCACCAAAGACAUAGUCCUGAAGGCCAGCAAUGAGUUUAAGAGAGUGCUGCUGACUCUGGGACAAGGGAGCCUUGUGGAGUUCAGCACUAUCCUCGAGGGUUGGCUUGGCAGUAAAUGGCCGGUGUUUGAACUCAAAGCCAUCCGUUGCUUGAACUGCAUGUCCACACUGGUUCCAGUUGGCAGGCAGUUCAAAAUAGAGUACAACUGGAGGAGCACAGUGAAGACUGCAUUCAAAUUUGCGUUUGAUUUCUUCUUUGAUCCUUUCUUAUCUGCAAAAGCAUAGUAUAAUGGUAAUGUAUGCAGAUUAAGGUACUACAGUGAGUUAUUUCAACACCUAUAUAUUUCAAACUACUUUAUAUAUAAGUAUGGCAUGGUUUUGCAACUUUACAUGGAGUUCAUACUUUUUAUUAUCAUUUACAAGUUGAGUAUGUUAACAGUGUCUAGUGUGGGACAUCAGAUUAUUAAAGUAGUUAUCAGUUGCUGUAUUUGGAAUCAAGCUAUAGUAUAGAUAAAUUUAGAGAAAGGGAGAGCACAUUCUUUAAUGAUAUAAAAUGUUCUUAAAUACGCACAAUAUUACUCGCAUUGUUAUAGCUUUGAAACUGCACUUAUUAAAGAGACACUCUUUAGUUUUAAUUACUACUGUUUUCUACCAGUGAUGUGAAAGAGUUUACCAUGCAGUACUGCAAAACUGUAUUUACUGUUGUUAUAUAUAUAUAUAUAUAUAUAUAUAUAUAUAUAUAUAUAUAUAUAUAUAUAUAUAUAUAAACGGUUGGAGCUUCUUGGUGAAAGACUUUCUAAAAGACAAGGCGACAGAGAACUUUAACUUCCUGUUGUCACAGAUGUAAAAUGCACACUAUAAUGUUGUCCUUUCACAGCUUGAUAUUAUAGACCUAUAUAGUAAAUGGUGCACAAUGGUGAAGAUUUAUGGAAUAACAGAUAAAACCUAGUGGUUAGUAGUAAUUUCCCCCUAGGUGUAUAAGUAGAUGUGGCGUGCAUACCAAAGUUUAAGAACUAAAGUGUAGGACAUAAUUUGUGUGCUGCAUGCAGAUAUUAUAUAAAUAAAGAUUUAUACUGGGCUAGCUAUAUUAAUAUUUACAGUACUAUAAUAUAUUUUUUUGUGUGAGGACAUCAAAAGACAUGAAGCUAUACAUUAAAAAUAGUGUAUCCUUUUUCUGAAAGAGCUGCUAAAACGAACAUGACACACGAGUAAUUCGGACCUGCAUGUUUCUCAGCAACUACUUAAUGUACUUAGACAUUCACGCGUUGCGCUUAUAAAAGAACAUGCGUGGACCUUGUUUUCAGCUUUAUGUAUCUAAAAUUACUUUACUCUGCCAAAGUGCAGUAAAUGUCAGCUUUGCUAAAAUAACACUAAGGUGGUGAAUAACUAGCAAGUAACUGUUGCCUUGAGCACCAUCCAAAAUACUAAUAUGUAUUUCUAAAGGAUGCUAAUACAGUAUUGUUUGCCACAAUAAAAAGUGGAUCUCUGGGAUUGAUAAUUAAUCAUUCUGAAAUUGAACUUGCUCAGUUGUAAUGGUAACAUUUUCAUACGUAUGUUCCCAUCAAGAAAAGUAGCACACAUAAAAUGUGAUCGGUGUAAAGGGGUAGUGCAAGAAAGUAAGGCUUGCAAAGUGAGGUUUUAAGAUAAUAUUGCUAUAGGUUGUUGUACACUGUUGUUGUUGUUGUUGUUGCUGUUGUACACUGUGUUUUUAUUUUUAUUAUUAUCAUUUAUAAUAGGCAGUGCAAUGUAAAAUAAAGGUAGCCCUUUUGAUUUGUCAUCAUGGGAAAAAAUAGGCCCAGGUAAUGCAUUCAAAGACUUCACAAUUCAUCAUGUACAUCUUCAAGAUCCUGUUUCCACUUCUACUUGUUUUUUUGAAGUACUUGGGAUGGGGGUGGGUGUACUAGUGUAUGGAUUGAUCUAGAUACAGUAAGUGGGAUUCAGUUGUAUGUUUAAUGAUCACUUUUUGCAAUGCUGAAGUGCCUUUUCUUUUUUACUGCCUUAUACCGUAGGUGAAUUAAUGCUAAACUUGCCUUAUGAUGUGCUUUUAUUGACCUUGCUGUUUCUCACCACUGUGACUAAUAAAUAUGUGUAUCCAUGAA